AUGAGUAGAGAUGUGCAUCAAUUGACCAAGGCCGUGGACGUGCAAGGCGGAGAGAAAAUCAUGUCAUCCCGCUCAAACAACCCGGAGCUCACUUGGCAUCAACAAAUGGACCACCAGGACGAUGCUGGUAUUAUCUUCCAGCAUGAGGACAGGGUGUUCCUACUCGAUAUUCCGUGGUCAAUCACCAUGGCACAAGGGAGAUUACCCGCCAAUCAACAGUCAAGUUCAAAAGAUUUGCCGUUCAUCAAGCGAAGACGCCUACUUUCAUGCUCGCCUUUGAAGGAGCCAUACCCAUCUACCGAGCCUAAAAAGCCCGCUGCUCGUGCCAAUGUUCUCGGCACAAUUCCCGAGUCUGAGAGACGGUACCACUCCGAAAGAAUAAUGCCUCUUGUGGAAGAAGCUUUAGAAACAAUCCGAGCUGCAAUAUCCCCAACUCAAUGGGGGCUCGACCGCGUCGUGCCGGUGGAAAAAGUGGCCUCCUCGGGCUCACAAGAUGGAGUCUCGCGAAAGCGACGAAAUCAAGACCCCCUAAGCAUCAGUUGUGAUCAUAUAUUCAACAAUGAGCCACCAUUGAUUCUAUCAUCUAGCUCGCCGAAUGAGUUCAAGUCAUCAUGCGAGUUGAACGUAGUGAAGAACCCAUCUUCCGAAUCAGCGAUCAUCAACAUAGCCUAUAAUGGCGAUAUGGGCCCUUCAUCAUAUAGGGUCCCUCCCGAGUCAAGUUUCACACUUUGCACAUUGCCUCUGUUUGAGACUGCAAAUGACCGUUCAUCUUUUCUCUACCCCAUCCCCGGUCUAUCUUCGGAUCAGAAAUUCAAUCUCAUCCUUAUGGAUCCACCAUGGCCAAAUCGCUCUGUCCGGCGCAGCGCUCACUACCAAACCCACCACUACUCCGAAAUGGAGGUUCUAGCGGAAGGGUUACGGGACAUUCUUCAGACACACUCCUGCGACACAGAAGUUACACCGCAAGCUCCAUAUACAGGGCCCCCUGACUCCCAUGCCCAGCAGUCACUAGCUGCUAUAUGGAUCACCAAUGCCGAGAAGUCUCGCAAGGCAGCCUACCAAGCACUGGUAGGAUCUGGAUUCCGCGUCUGCGAGGAAUGGAUCUGGAUCAAAACCACCAUAGACGGCCGACCAAUCUCGGCUUUGGAUGGUAUCUGGCGAAAGCCGUACGAGACUCUUGUUAUUGGUCGCAGGGACGCAGAUGUGCGGACCUCGAAAGAGCAUGGAUCAUUACCCAGAAUGGAUGACUUAGCUUCCAUCAGUGACGGAGUCACUAUUCGACGGGUUAUCGCAGCAGUCCCGGAUUUGCAUUCUCGCAAGCCAAACUUGAAGGGCAUGUUUGAACGGAUUUUCUUCAAGUCUCAUUGCGCGCAGUCGUAUUCUGCUCUUGAGGUCUUUGCGCGCAAUCUGACGGCUGGCUGGUGGGCUGCUGGUAAUGAGGUUUUGAACUUCAAUGCUUGUGACUGCUGGGUUGAUCCUAGCGAGUCAGGGUACGAAUUAAAAGAACAAAUACUCCGUACUUGA